GACAACAGCUGAAGGCAGAAAACGAGAAACACGCCACUGUCGGGAUGUUGACUUCACAUACAUGUGACAGUAUUGACUAAAACUUCAAGCGGAAAUUCAAUCAGUGACUGACACAGGAAACGUAAAUUUGACGAAUCGCUUUGACAGUGUGACAUAUUGCUUGAACAAAGCUAAAGAGAAAAUGGAGUUAAAACUUGGCAGUGUGAUGCUCUUACUUUCUUGCAGUCUUCAGCAGUCACUCUGGGGAAUUUUAGCUUCUGUUCCACAGACUACUGCAAAUAAAUGUAAAAAUAAGAUCAGUUCAGAGGGUGCACCAACACAGCGAGUACAGAUGAUACGCAGGAUACCAGCAAGAUGUUCUGGGUGGGACGAGGCAUGGUCCUGGAUCUCUAACAAGGACUGUAGAACCAAGUACAUACUGGACUAUGUGGAGUUGCCCAGUGUUGUACAGAAAGCGGAUCAGGAGGACUGUGAAGAAGAAGUGGCAACACAAACAGAGACUGGACAUUUCAACCUUGCUAAGGAGGUGUAUCUGGCCAUAGCCUUUGGUUUCACUACUGUUGUUUUACUUAUACUCAUAGUGAUCAUUGUAAUCAGUGUUGUCAGGCGUGGCAGUAACAGAUGUAGAAUAUGUUCCUCUGGUCCUGCAUAUACUUCUGCAAAUGCUUCCGAGAGGGAACAUCUAGAUGCCAGUAAUACAGCUGGCAAUGAGUAUGUUGGUGAUGAGUUAAAACUUGCCGAACCUAUGUACGAAGAGAUCCAUGAUCGUACAACUGCCAAGAAAAAGCUGGAAUUUAAUGACGAUAUGAAACCAGCCCGUUACCAAAAUUUACCAGAAGAGGAGGGAGCUGAGAAGAAUGGUGCUAAAAAUUUACCACCUAAUGGUGUUCAUAGGAGGCCGGUAACACCAAGUGCCCCAUAUGAGGAAGAAUUACAACAGACUUCUCGUAAAUGUGUGCCAAACGAUUAUAGUGUAUUCGUAGAUAAACUACAAACAUCUGGAAUUACUGAUCAAGUAGGGAAAGAUAAUGACAAUUUCAAUACUGGAGAAAAUAUAAUAGAAAAUGCAGAUGGAGAAUGUAGUAAAGAACUUGAAAAUGUGAAGCCUGAAUCAGAUGAAAUUAAUGAACAUGCACAAGAUAUUGAGAUGGUUAACAGUACUGGACUGCCUUCUUACCCAAGUAAAACAAUUAAUGAUUCAAAGGAUUGUGUAUUAGCUGAGUCGGAGGAUAAAUCCUCUCACAGGUCCUCACAUUCCUAUGAAAAUCUCAUCAAAACAGGAACUGCAUCCGGAGAUUAUGAAUCUCUGGCUACCAAUGGCCCUUGUGUUAGUUCACAACCAAUGCUCCAAGAGCAAACAAGUGACCAGUGUUUUGAUAGUCAUCUUUUGGUGUCCGACGGUGAUGAAUCGUCUUUAAAAUGUGUAAAUAUAGACAAUAUGUCCACGCCAGUAAAACUGGUAUCGCCAACAAGUUACGAGGAUUGUCAUGUUAACACUAUAUAUAUGCAGUCAGACAAAGUAACAGGAAGUGCCAAGCUAGAAAAUGAAAACAAUAUAGCAGACACUUUUGGCCUAUUGAAAUUUUGA